CGAGGCGAGCAUCGCGGUCGUUUGCCAGGAGAGGGUUCUUAGUUAUAACGCGUAGGUGUAUCCGUACGCCACUAGGCAGCCGGUCGCCGGCCGACGAGCACCUCGUUCUCGUCGUUUCAUAUAUCUAGCCUCUGUAAACAAACCGCAUGACAGAAACCUUUAUUUAUAUCAAUAUGUAUCAUAUCUGAGACGGUUUAAUCGCGCCAACUGUCUGAACUGUGUGAAGCGCAUAUUCGGUGUCAUCGAAAUCUAGACAACCGACGGCUGAGAAUUGAGUGAAGUUGCAAUAAUCAUGCCAGGUUAGGCGUAUUUUGGAGUGAGGUGUUCAAGUGAAAGGAGCUUGAUAUUGCGGUUCUUGUAUGUGAUACAGUCGUUACUCUUGUUUUUCGUCUGUGGUGAUCAUUGAGUGAAACGUUUUGUACCAAGUGACUGAUGUUUGAACAGUGAGACGAUAUAUCGGUGGCGAAUAAGGAGCUGUUUUCUCUCAACUUGUGAAUGAAUAUCUAAAAUAGGAUGCCGGCGCUCCGGCUUCUAGGGCGCAAGUGGCUGGCAGCCUCCGAUGAUCUUGUGUUUCCGAGCAUCUUCGAACUUCUCUUCCGAUUCGUCUGGUUGGUUCUCAUCGCCCUGGUAGUUGAAGUGUUGUAUCCAAUAACAUGGCAAUGCGAAACGGAGGGGUGGCAUGGCGGGGCGUUCGUGAGACUCUAUCUGUGCGGCACGCUGGCUCUACAAGCGUGUUUAAUGCUGCUCUUAGCAGCACUGGCGCAGCAGUCAGCGAGGGGAACUAUUACGGAUACAGAUUCGAGAAAAUUGGUUGCACCGUUGCUGCUGCUAAAAGUAUUUUUGGUUUUACCAGAAGUUGGUUUAAACGUGAUGGGUACUAUGUGGAUGUUCUGCGAAGUCGUCGAGUGUACAGUCACCGAUAAAUUCUCUAGUAUUGUAAUACAAAGCAUAGUACUGUUUAAUUGGGUCCAGCUGGGGCUUACAGUUUUCGGACUGUUCAUGGUGUUUGAUCCGUUAGGAUCGGUCAAUUACGGUGACAUUCAAGACACCCCUAACCAGGUCCGGCAUCAUAGAAAAGUUACCGGAUUGUGGUCGCGAAGGUUCCGCUGGGCCUUCUGCUGGUUAAAGAGAGAUGAACACGGAAAAGAGGCCUUCCAACAGGUGGCAGCACUCCUGAGUGCUCUAUUCAGGUCAACGGAUCUGGUGCCGUCGGAUGUGGUAGCUGGAUGCGUCCUUCUCAGGGUGCGUCAGAAACGCGAGACGAGGGAGAUGCGUAGGAUACAAAUGUUGAAUGACGAGGAACCGAUUUAUACGACCGACGUAAACAAAAUAUUCUCGGAAACUCCGCCUUGGAUGAACUUAGAGGACGCGAUGCAUUAUCUCCGACUGUCGAUAGCCGCGUACGGCUGGCCCUACGUCUUGUACCGCCACUGUUUCACUGGCUUCUGUAAAUUGGCAAGUCAUUUGACCUGUUGCUGUUGCAGGCCAAAGAAUUCUAUAGUGACUGACGACAAUUGUUGUCUGUGCCACUUCGCUGGAGUCAAAUACAUGUCAAAACUCUCAGCAGAUGACAUCAUCUUCGCGUCAUUCAACAACCGCGUCUUUGAACUACCGUUUUGUGUGAUAGCUGAUCACGAUCGAGAAAGCAUAGUAGUGGCUGUCCGAGGCUCCAUAUCGUUGAGAGAUAUAUUCACAGAUUUCUCCGCCGGUUCCGAAAGAUUCGAAGCUGAUGGCCUACCAGAAGAUACGGCGGCUCACAAGGGCAUGUCUAUGGGAGCGGCUAAAAUGCUGCGGCGUCUUCUGCCAGUGCUUGAUAGAACAUUCCAGCAAUUUCCACACUACGAUCUUGUUCUAACAGGUCAUAGUCUAGGAGCCGGUGUGGCAGUAUUAGUGGCAUUAAAGUUAAGGCCCAAGUAUCCACAUCUUAAGGUGUUCGCGUUUUCAACACCAGCGGGUCUGAUAAGUCGCGAAGCAGCACGUUUCACUGAGAGCUUCGUGUUGAGCAUCGGCGUGGGAGACGACCUCGUCAUGAGGCUUAGCGUGCACAGCAUCGAGAACCUGCGCACCAAGGUCAUUCAGACCAUACACGCCACCAAGCUACCCAAGUACCGUAUAAUGCUGAACGGUUUCGGCUACGCGCUGUUCGGUGUGCCAGCCAGGGACCUGGAGUCCACCUGGCGGCGGCCCGAGGACCUGGAAGCCAACAACUCGGACGACUCCGACGCGCUGCUAGUGCAGGGCGUGUCCACCGUGAGUGCUGAAGCUGCUCUGGUAUCUCGUAACGUAUUCGCUCGAAGGUUCUCAUCAGCUCGGUUAUUCACCGCUGGUCGGAUCCUUCACAUUGUUCGACGCAAGCGCAUGGGAAUAGAAAAGAAAGUGCGCACACAGGAACCGACUUACGAGAUGCGGUGGGCUUGCCCCGAAGACUUCAUGGAGCUGCAAGUGAUGCCGAGGAUGCUGUUGGACCAUCUACCAGAAAACGUCCACCGCACGAUACAGACGGUGAUAGAAGAGAAGCACUCAUACAGAGUGACCCAGGUAGUGUAGACCUAAAUAAACGUGUAGGUACAAAUGACUAUUAAAUAUUUGUAUUAAAAUUUUAAGCGGAAGCCAAAUUAAGUACAAUUUUAUUAAAAAUCGGUUACAGUAUAUAAUAAGAAAUAAACUUACAAAUCAAUUAUCAAUAUACAAUAAGAAGGAUUCUGUCUUGAAAAAAAAUAUAUAUAUAUUUUUUAUAAUUUUACAAAAGCUAUGACGCACCUGUCUUAUUGAAAUGUCAAUAGAAUUCCUACCAGCCUAUUUAAGGUUACGCUUCCCAACAACGUUCACUUGUUUUUCUUUGGAAAUAAUGUAAUAUUAAUAUAUAGUAAUUAGUAACAUAACGAUGUUAUUUCCGGCAAAAUCAUGACCAACAUAUUAAUUUUAUUUGUAAAUAUAUACUGUGUAUUAAUAGGCAUGUAAAUAUUAAGUAUAUAAGAGAACCGAUUUGGUUUUAUGUAUUUGAGAAGACUGUGGUGAUGUAUUAGAAGGACGAACAAAAAGAAAGUCGUGUGUACAAUUUUAUAUUUAAUGUUUUGUCCUUAAAUGUGAGUAGACACUUAUUUUUAGACCUAGGACAUGUAGAAUACGUGAAACGUUCUAAUUUUCUUUAGUGUUAGUAGGUAGCAAAUUAUAAAUAAAUUUUGCUUGCUUGAGAGUUAAAAACUCGCAUUUUGUUUGCUCAAUCGAAAGCAAUUUUUCAUAUAAUUUUAUUGUACGUAGUUAUAAUUCUUAUAUUUGUGAAAUUUGCAGGCUAAAAUUUACAAAAUUUAGUAAUUUUUUCUUGAAUAACACAGUAUAUGUAUUAAGUACAAUGAUUAGUUAGCGUAGGAUACUGACACCGGUGUCAAUUAUGUAAAUAAAUAAAUGGCAACAUUUUAUUAUUUCACUAUAUAAAGAUAUUCUGAGAUAAAUUUUCCUAUUUAUUUCUUAUAACAAGAGAUCAAAAUCUAUUUGAAAACGUCGUUAGUAUUAGAUCUGGAUCGACGCUUUCUUUGACAAUGUUUUAAAAUGUAAUACAGUGUAUAUAAGAUUUAAAUAAUUGAAUAUUAGAUCCAAUCAUUUUUUUUUACUUGUGCACCCCAAAUGUGCACAAUGUAUUCUGCCAAUAUCAAGUAUAAUGGUGAAGAAAUGAAGUUUGAUAGACAAAAUUUAAACUCACUGAAUGAAUGAAAAUAAAAUGGUUCAUAGAUAAUAAAAUAUAAAACAGUCAGGAACAAAAUUUAUAUAUUUAUUUAUUUUUAUUCUGCCAUGACAUCACAGAACAAUUUUAACUCAAAACAAAGGAUAUAUUUUGAUAACAUCUGUUUCGUUACUAUUUUUUUUCUUUAUCGUGUUGAACAGUCUCCUAUUAUCAAUAAAAUCCAUGACCUGUAAAAAUUCCACCUCUAUCCUUACCAAAAGUUUGCAUCUUGAAAUUUUGUAUCAGGAGUUUAAAUUUUUUUUUGUUAAAUCAUUGUACAUGACAGUAUUAAAUUAAAUAUUUAUAAAUAAAAAACUAUACACGAUGCGAAAUUAGUUUGAAGAUGCAAAUUUGUGGUGAGCUCGGGAGAGGUGGGGGGAGACACUAGUUUAUCUUCACCGACCAAUAUCAGAACUUUAAAUAACAAGUCGCCGAAGACUUUUACACAAACUAAUAAAUAGAAAUGAAAUUCUAUAUGAUCGCAAACGUUGGGAGCAAAUUAAGAGAACUUAUAUAAUUAACUGAAUAUUUUCUCUACAAGACCAUUUACAUAUGGCAUUUAUAUAGUAGGCGUUAUACAUUCCAUUUUGUAUAGAUUUUUUUUAUGUUAAUUUUCUUGAAAACCUACGAUAGUUUCUUGGUGCCUUAAAGGUUUUAUUGUUUAAUAUAAUGAGUUCCUCAACAUCAGAGUUAAUUUGUCUUUCUCUUGCCAAAUUAAAUAGUACUUUCAAGAUAUUUACUUUUCAUUUCCUCGUAACCUAAGUUAUCCAAACAAAAUAUUCUAUUUAUAUGAAAAUAGCUCUAAUAUUUACUACCAAACCAUGUUAUAUAUACAAAUAGUUACAUAAUGAAUCUCAUUUGCUAUAAUCAUUAUAAUAAAAAUAUUUAUAUUAUAAGAAUAUUUUUUUAUCUAAAGAGCCCUCUUGAAUUAUAUACCUAUAUAGAUGUUGUUACUUAAUAGAUUGUGUUCGAGUAUUAGAAGGACAGUGGUUCUUUUCACUUGUACCCUAAAUUAGGGCGUUAUCUGUCACUGUUUAGAUGUAGCCGAAUCAUGUGUUGGGUUUAUGUUUAUUUAUAAUAAAAUAUAUUUUAACAA